UUACGGGCCUGGUUUUGUGUAUUUUUAUUUGAGGCUUUUUUGCAAUUAUUCUCCUUGUUUUAUUUAAAUUUUUUGGCGUUUUUUCUUUAAAAAAUCUUUGGUUUAGGCAAUGAGAUGUCCGUUUAUUAUUGGUGUAGCAGGAGGGACGGCUUCAGGAAAGUCAACUGUUUGUUCUAGAAUUAUUGAUAGAUUAGCCUUGAAUGGAGGGCAGAAGAGAGUAGUGGCUAUCUCACAGGAUUGCUUCUACCGCGAUCUUGUAAAUCAUGAUGAAUUUUUACGAGCAUUGAGAGGGGACUUUAAUUUUGACCAUCCCGAUGCUUUUGAACAUUCAUCAAUGCUUCAAACUUUAAAGAACUUGAAGCAAUACAAACCUGCUCAAAUACCACUAUACGAUUUUAAAACUCAUUCAAGAAUUGGUUGGCGUGAUUUAGACGCAGCUGAUGUCAUUCUCGUCGAAGGAAUUUUAAUCUUUUUUGAUCAGGAAUUGAGAAGCAUGUUUGAUCUCAAAUUAUUUGUUGAUACCGAUCCAGACAUUAGAUUGGCUAGAAGAGUUGAACGGGAUACAACAGAAUGGGGACGUCCGCUUAAUUCUAUACUUCAUCAAUACCUUACUUUAGUCAAACCGGCUUUUGAAGAUUUUUGUCUUCCAACAAAAAAAAUAUGCUGAUGUAAUAAUUCCACGUGGAGCAGAAAAUAAUGUAGCUAUAGAAUUAAUAGUUCAACACAUUCAAGAUAUAUUGAGAAUGCCUUCACCUACAAAUCGUUCAAAAUCGAGAGAAAUUGAUGAAAAUGGAAUUGAAAAUAAUUUUAAAAAUACG